AUGAAUCGCACACAGUCUACGCCCAGCAAAACAUCACAGCAAAUUAUAAAACUCUUGGUUUCAAUUAUUGUUCUUUCAAUUGUUUUUGGAAUAAUUCUACCAACCAAGUUUCUCCGCCUUUUGCCAGUCAUCUCGUCAAUAGUCAGUCUACAGUUCGCCUACGAUGAAUAUAAAUUCCUGUCCUGCUGGACAAAACGCCAGUAUCGAGAGCAAGCCAACGAGCUUCUACCGCCGUGGUUCACCAACUGGGCACCAGCAGGAACAAAAGUUGUUUUCGGAAGCUUUACACUGAGCUUAGCGAGUGGACUGGCGAAUGCUGCAUCUGUUUGGAAGGGUACGGGGGAUCUGAUUACCAUCCUGUCUUACAUGGCUGGAACUCUGUUUGCAGCUGGUCAUUUGCUUGUUUUUGGUCCGACAGCAAUCAAGUUGCUGGCCAAAAUUCGGCGCAAUGAUGAAGAUGCUAAGAGCACGGAAUCAUUAGAGUUGUGGUUGAAGAUGCAUCUCACGAGAUCGUUAGUGGUGGACUCGCCAGCCGUUCUGUGCUUCAUCAUCGGUUUGCUGAACGCCACUGAGAGUGUUGUAUAA